GCGAGCUCGUGUCUGAUCCGCCAGCACACACACACACACACACACACAUCAUGACUUCACCACACUAACGUUACUCCAGCCGUAUACGGGCACGGAGAGAUAACAACAGUCCGUGAAUCACGCCUAAAUGUGUGAGAGUGUGUGAUCUGAGGUGAUGUGAGCCGCGCGCACGCGCCGCCACUGAAGCCGGUCUCUCGAACGACAGCCAAAGAAGCGUCACUUCACCGCGAACACAACCGACUCCGCGCGCCGGAAAUCUCAGAGAACGUGCUCAUACCUGUCAGGUGGUCAUGUCCUCAGAAGAGCUGCUGUCUGUAGAUUAUGAGGUGUUUGGGAGGGUGCAGGGUGUGUUCUUCCGGAAAUACACACAGUCCGAGGGCAAGCGGCUGGGUCUGGUCGGCUGGGUGCAGAACACUGAUGUUGGGACGGUUCGAGGUCAGCUGCAGGGUCCGGUCUCUAAAGUCCAGCAGAUGCAGCAGUGGCUGCAGACCAGCGGCAGUCCUCAGUCACGAAUCGCUAAAGCAGAGUUCACCAACGAGCGGCCCAUCAACAAACUAGACUUUAAGGAUUUCAGAGUUGCUCGUUAAUGACAGAACAACUCAGUUAGUAUUUAUUAACAUAUACUACUUAUUUAUUUUCCUUCAGUUACUCAUACAGAUGAGGAAAAAGCAUGUACUGAAGUACAUCUCUCUUUUUUUUUUUCAAAAUAUCUCUUUAUUGACGUUAUAUAACAUCUAUACAUGAAAACACCUUCCUGAUGUAACAAAUAAUAUACAAUAUAAACUCA